CAGCGCGCGAAGGAAAAAGCGCGUAGUUAACAAACAGAAAUGGCGAGGAGGUGCGUUUUAGGUUGUGGUUCUCCCGAAACCCUUUUCCCAAUCCCCAAAAUACCCUGGUUGCGGUCACGAUGGCUCGGUUUUUUGCACUUCGAGGAAGGGGGGAUAUCAGAGAGGUCGCGGUUGUGUUCGAAGCAUUUCACACGCGAAUGCUUCAAGAAUUGGACACAACACGAAAUGGGGUUUGUGAAAUAUCUGUCAUUAACAGAUACGGCUGUCCCAUCUGUCUACACCGUUGGUUCCUCACAAAGUUUGAAGCCCCUAACGAGAGAUGUGGCAUGUCAAUGUGAUGCACCAUAUUUGAAGAGUGUGUCGAUCCAAACAAUAACACAAAAGCUGAAAAGACGGAGUAAAGCGAUUCAGGUGAAGCCUUUUGGACACUCUGUUGGCAUCUCUUGUUCCGAGAGUGUUGGCACAAGUCUUGAACCUCGGUAUUUAACAUCAACACCAAUUAAAAGGCCACAAAUUGAAGACACCACAAUCAAUGACAGCUCAACAUGCACCUCAAAGCAAUUGUCAGAUGUCAACUAUGAGCCUGAUAACACUCAAGAAGGCAGUGAAAAGUCUGUUCACAGUGCCUCCACAAAACACAGUGGAACAGCCAGCCAUUCAUCUGAAAUACACCAGCUGGAAAUCUGCAUUUGUCGGCGGCAGUAGCCUUUAGUGGCACAUCUUACAUACAGAUCCACAAGGUGUAAUGUGUUUAUGGAGGAAUCACAGCAGUGGGAGGAUCCUCU